AUGGCAGCCGCUCCCACAAAGCAGUCUAUCACGAAUCUCUACACCUCCAUGCUUCGCACAUCUCAGUCGUUCAGCUCGUACAACUUCAGAAGUUACUUCACACGUCGGACGGAGAGCACGUUCAAGGACAUAGAGAACGAAACCGAUCCCGCCAAGCUCUCUGCUUUUUACGCAGAGAAGACCAAAGAGCUGGCAGUCUUGGAACGGAGCGCAGUCGUGAACCAGCUCUACGCAGGACCGAAACUAGUCGUGGAGGAGUAG